AGAGGUAUAUAUAAAGGCAACGAUUUUAUUGUCAUUUCAAACAGUCUUCAAAUCUAGACCUCCAUACAUCAACAUGUUCUCCUCCACCAAGCAGUUAGUAAUUCUGGGUCUUUUGGGAUGCCUCACCAGUUUACAGGCCGGAGUUGUUUUGAAUGUCAAUCCUGGAAAAUCCCUAGAGGAGACAGCUGUAAAACAUUUAAAGGUCUCCCCUGUUAAUGCAAACGAAGCACCAGUUCUCAAGGAAUUGAAGUCAGUUCAGAAAACAAAAUCUGGAGACACCCUCUAUGGUUUUGUGUGCACAGUGGGACAAAUUAAAACUGAUUCUCUGGGAUGUGCUGGUUCCGAUUCCGUGGCCUGGCCCAGUGAACAAAAUGUGGAAUUGACUGUCAGCUGCGACAAAAGCAAUGUCGGUAGAAUUAUCACCUAUGUCGAGGUACAUUUUGUUGUUUCCACACAAAAUGUGGGCUGCAACGUUUCAGCCGGCAGCAUUGGUACCAGUUCCAUUGAAGUAAAAGUUUAUGCUGCGGGAACAAAUUAUUUGGAAUAUUCUUCCUUGUUUUAUAUUUAGUAAAAAGUAGAUGUAAUUAAAAUAAAAUGUAAAAAUUUGCAGCAUACAA